AUGGCGGCGGCAGGUCCGAGCACUCGGGCUUCUUCCGCGGCGGCCGCGGCAGCUCUGAGUCGGCGGGGCCGGCGGGGCCGCUGUGACGAGAUGGCGGCAGCGAAACCCGGGGUUCCGGGCCCGGCCUCUAGCCCCGCGUUGUUAGUGUUGCGGCCAGCGCCACGGCCGGAGGAGUCGGGCUGCACCGGGUGCCUGGAGACCCCGGGGGAAGUGGCGGCCCUGCAGUGCAGCCACUCGCGGUGCCGAGGCUGCGCCUCUCGCGCGGUGGGCCCGGGCUGCCGUCGCUGCCGUCCCCGCGGCUCGGGCUGGGCCCGCCGUCGGGCCCGUGACGACGGCCAGGCCGCCGCGAAGCUGAUGGGCGAGCGCGCCCGUCGCGGACAGCCGGAGCGCUGCCGCCCGCGCCGGGACGGGGGCGCGGCUGCCUCGGGGUCCAGGCCGGAGCCGGAGCCGCUCGCGGAGCCAGAGUUUAUAUUCAGAACACCAAUCAAAUUAAGCAAGCCCGGAGAACUUGGUGAGGAAUAUGGAUGCCUGAGAAAGUGUCCUGCACGUCUCUCGGAUUCAGAGAAUGAAGAGCCUUCUCGGGGCCAGAUGAUCCAGACCCAUCGCUCAGCCUUUGUUUCCAAGAACAGCUCCUGCUCCUUAGCUUUCCUGGCAGGGAAGCUAAACACCAAGGUGCAGCGGAGCCAGAGCUGCAGUGACACAGUUCAGGACAGAGUGAGGAGCAGGCUCAGGACAGCUCCACCCAGCAGAGCCAAGAUCACAACUAUAACUCCAGGCUCCACCCCCAUUAUUGGUGUUCUCUUGUCUACUCAGAACAACCGCUGCCUCUCCGCCCCUGACUUAACCCUAGAAAAGCGCCUGCCCUUCGGCUCCCUUUCAUCCUUGGCUUCCCUGCAUAAGCCUGAGCGCUCUAUCAGCCCUGAAAGCAAUGACAGCAUCUCUGAAGAGCUGAAUCACUUCAAGCCCAUCGUCUGCUCACCGUGCACCCCUCCCAAGAGACUCCCUGAUGGCCGAGUGCUCAGCCCUCUCAUCAUCAAGUCAACGCCUCGAAACCUGAGCAGAAGCCUGCAGAAGCAGACUUCGUAUGAGGCCAGUCCUCGCAUCCUCAAGAAGUGGGAACAGAUCUUCCAGGAGCGGCAGAUCAAGAAGACCCUUUCCAAAGCUACUCUCACCUCCCUGGCCCCUGAAGCAGGGGAAGAGUUACCAGGUUCUGAAGCGAUCUAUUCCAGCAAGUCGUCUCUGGCUUUAAGUACAAGGCUGUCCAGGGUCCAGGUGCUCUCAGAGUGUGCUGGGCCCACCUCCACUGCUCUUGAAUACUUCCCCUCUGUUAACCAGACAAAAGCAGAACAGGACUGUGUUAGAAAAAGGAGCCAUGAGGUCCCACUGGAAACCUGCCAUUCCUCAGAGCACAGAGGAGUAGCCAGUGGGCCUUCUUUGGAAGGGGAACAGUUUGAGGAGUCAAGGUCCACCGUGGAUACCACAUUAGUCAAAAUUUGCAGAAGCACAGCUGUGAAGACUACAGCAGUUAAUUCAUUACUACCCAAAAAUGAUGUUUUGGGUGAGGUCCUCAAAACAAAGAAACAACUAAAGACACUCAGUCAUUUUGAUCUGGGUAAUGGCAUUCUGGUCAACAGCCUAGGAGAGGAGCCAAUUCCUUCCCUGCGCAGAGGCCGGAAAAGGCGCUGUAAGACCAAGCACUUGGAGCAAAAUGGUGUUAAGAAACUUCGACCACCCAGCAGUGACAUGGGCUUAGCCCCUAAGGACCAAGGGCUGCUUGAGGUGGGCCAGAAAUUACAUCAGGAGGAAGAGGACCAGCAGCUGGCCCUGCAAUCACAGCAUAUGUUUGACAGUGAGAGGCGGACUAUGAGCCGGCGAAAAGGAAACGUGGAUCAGUAUCUCUUGAGGUCCAGCAGCUUGGCUGGGGCCAAGUAGCACUUAAUGUACAAAGUAAUGUUACUUGCUUUUCAGAGGUCCUUGGCCUCAAUCAUUUAUCCAAAAGAGCUAGCUGAAUGUUCUCACUUUGAGUUUCUUUCAAUGGCAAAAUACUGUCUCCUAUGAUUCUGAGAGGAUCCAGGGCCUUGGUAUGCAAAAGCCAAGUGUCUGUACCUUUGGCUUUCUAGGACCAGGGCCAGUGCUCCUUGCCCUUUGAGUGAGCCAACUCUGAAGGCUUCUGAGCCCAAAUCUGGCAACACCCACUUGGAAGGAGCUUGGGAGUGGUCACAUUGAUGAACAUGAUUGCCAGUGUUAGAGAUGCUAGGGAGAUGGGAUGCUUUGUCACACUCAUAAAGCCCUGGGCUUCUUACCACAGAGUGGUGUGUUAAGUAAGCCUUGCAGAUAAACAUGGAUUCUUUUCAGAGAUAAGCAGUGCCAGGACUCUGGAAGAGCCAAGAUACAUAGAUGCUCACGUUCUUUCUCUCCCCUUUGCCACACGUGAAUUCUACAUACCCACAUCAGUGGAGCAUAGAACUUUUGCCUCUACAGAAAUUAAUUUACAUUCUGUGUUUAAACUCUGACAUUUGAUUCAAGCAGUGUGGUUGACACCUGGUCUUCCUGAGACCUAAUGUGUAAGUGCGGUCAGCUGGAUGAUGAAGCCACAGUGUAGAUGUCCAGGUUCUCUUAGCUGCCAAGUGGCCCAGCCCAGACUGACCACUGGCUUUCAUGGCCACAAGUCCCAUGGAUUCUCCACAAUCACAGGGUGCCGAAAGGAAAUCCAACCUAAGGGCAUGCCAGGACCACCCAGGGAGACUGGCUAGGCACUGAGCGUGACAGUAGUGCAAAGCCCACCUAGAAGCACUUCACCUUGACUGGAUGUAAAACAUAGAACUGCAAUGACCUCACCUAGCUGGCUUACAGGCUCCUCCUAGGAGCCCUGGCCUGAAAGAUGAACUGUGAGGUUUCUUUACUACUUUCCAUGUGGCAAUGGCUAUCUACAAUUUUUGGUCUAAAAAUCAUGAAAAAACUUGCCCUAAAGUCUGGCAAAGGACAAAGCUGAAACUCCAUACUGUGGAAACAAGGUAUCUAGCUGGAUGCAGCUGGUAAAUUCAGUCCCAUGGACCUUUGGGGUUUAUUUUUUCUUAGCAGCUGACACCAUGUGUCUUUUGCAUCCCUGGUGGUGCUUGGUGCUUCUGCCCUUCUGGGCUCAUUGAGAAUAGGGAUUCUGAUCCGGUUUUAGGGAGUCUCAGGUGGGCUGGCCUUUCCUGUGUUUGUAUGAGCUGUUACCAUAGUCUUGUGACUGACAUUUUAGCCACCCUUCCAGAGCUUUAUACCAAUCCCGUGUUGUCCCCUUAAAAAUCCCAGCGAGAUCCUGCAUAGUUGCCUGGGGACGUUGCCUUUGAUCAGAAUGUUUCUGAGACAUUCGCAGUCUAGAUGUAGCUGGAGCUUAGGCUCACUGUUCUGUGCCAAGGGAGAUGUCAGUCUUUGGGAGUUCUACAAGAGAGAACUUCAGAUUUGGAGUUAGCCAGGAACUGGUUGAAGUUUCUGAAGGUGGGAAGAAGGUUGUGGAGUCCCAAGCACGGUGUCCUUUGAAGAGGACAGAGCUAAUUUCUCUGCAGCUCAUAGUUGACUAUUCCCAGGGAUGCUAGAUCUGUGUGGCCAUUAGCAAGGUGGCUUCAGAAGCUGCUCUGGCAGGAACCUGUGUGAGUCUGGAGUGUGGGCAUAUGUCUUUAAAACACGAAGUAGUCUCAUUACUUUAUUCUCACACCACGGUACUUCCCAUCUUAGGCGACGCGUGGCUUUUGGGGCUGCUGGAAGGCAUGCUGGUGCCCCAGGGAGGAGCCUGCCCUGGCUGCAAACAACAGGAAAUUCCAUUAGAGAGACUUAGAACUGUCUACCAUUUCAUGUAUUUCCUUUAUGAUCUUAGUAAUUGUUAUUGGAAGGCUAGUCUUACUGGGUAGCAUUAAAGACACUUAUUUUUCCACUUGACACCCUUUUAUAUGUCACUAAUGCUUAGAAAAAACACUUUCAGUUGGAAUUAAUUUUUGGUUUUGGUAAGAAGAUAAAAUAUUUUAAUAGAUGAAAGAUAUAUAUAUUUUAAAUAUCCCCCUGCCCCGAGUGACUACCUUGAUAAGAGUGCAUAGUGACAAGUGUGGGCUCUCAGGUGCAGUGUUGCUGCUGAGUGAGUGUUGCAGACACUGGGCUGUCCCUGUGUACCCCCCAGGGAGACCCCAGUACUAUAGACAGUGUUCUUUCCCAUAUUUCCUGCUGAAAACAGUAGCCCUUGAAAUAGAGGCAAAACAGUUUAUGUUGAGAAGGAAUGGCUUACCCUUGAAAAUGGAAAAACUACUAAAGUAUCUGCAUGCAAGAUGCUCUCAAACUUAGUCAGUGAAACCUGAGCACUUCAUUUCUGAGGAUCCCCAUCUUGGUGUUUGACUGACGUCUAUCGCAGCCACAGUUGUUGUCAUGGACCCCUACAGAGCAGACAGACGAGGGGAUGGAUGGUGUGAGAGGCUGGUGAGCUAGAGGGGAAGCCACCAUUCACAGAUAGUUCUCCCUGUCACUGCAGUCCUCGUGAGCUGCACACUGCCCACUCUGCUGUGCUCCUUAGUGUGUGCGUUCUGUUCAUCUUUUUCUUAUUAAAAAAGAAACUAUGAGGGACAGGAGGGUGAGUCUUUUUGAUGACAAAUUCAAGAGAUGUGCUAUCUCCCUCAAGAGGGCUUGGUAUCCCUUCUCCAGAGAAGGUAACCCUGGUUACAUUCAAGAGUGGCUGCUUGUACCUGUUUGAAGAAGUCGUCUGAAGUCGUCUGGGACUUAUGGGCUGGUAUCAAGUCAGGGAGUACUCUGCCAGCACCUGGCCUCUGGCCUGUCUCUUAGUUACCUCUUUAAAAACAGAAACAAAAAAGUCUGGCUGAGGCUUGUCUAGGAAUCUUUCCUAAUUGAUUUCAUUUAUUUAAAAAAAAAAAACAGUCUUUGAUUAUGGAAGAAGUACUGGUCAUAAAUGUCUUUUUUUUUUUUAAGGUAAAAUGCCCCUCAGAAAUUAUAGCUAUUAAAUUAGUUAUUGUCUGAUUACAAACUGGCCACUGACUAAAAUGGGAGGCUGGUGAGGGAGGCUGUGCUCAUUUAGAAGGCACUUCUGAGUUCUCAGACCUCCCGUCCUGUGCUGGACCAUAGACUAGCUGCUCAUGCUGAGGGAGGGCCUCAUGCAGUGCAGUGUGCGUGGCUAGGUUUGACCCAAGAGUGUAUUCAUGAACUUUGAAAGGCUGUUCCGUCUCUGGCAGUGCUCCUCAGUGGUCCUGUUCAGGAGAUCUGGCUCAGCAGGUUACUCACAUUUUCCUUAUCAGUAUUUCUGAGUUUGAUUAACUCUGCCUUUUCCAUUUCCCAAGUAAUUUUCCCAAGGAAGAAUGGAUUUUCUCUUGCAGUGAUUAUAGAACAGUUGCCCCUGUUCAGAGGCUGCGUUUAGCUCAAAUCCCAAGAAAUGAGGCAGGUCUGUAUCACCCUGAAGAAGCCUGUUCUUCACUUGAGUGACCUAAUGCAUCCCAAGCUGACUUCUCAGCAGACCCAGCAGUGACUUGGGUUUUUUUCUAGCUUGUCACUGAAGCAGAGAGCCACUAGGAAAGGGUACUUAGCUCAUCAUCAUGAGGUGUAAUCUCGACCAACGCCAGCCCCUACCUUUAAAUGAAGACCCACAGUUCUGGUUCCCACUGUGUGCUCUAGGGCCCAGAUAAUUGUGAAAGAUACACAGUUUGUGAAGGGGACAUCCAAAUGACAGGCUUUAUAAUGUUUUCUUCUUCAGUUAAGAUAUACCUGUAUCCCCUGAAUGCACCCACAAUACAUAGAGUACUUAGUAGGGAAAACCUCAUAGUGUGAUUUAAGUCAUUGGUGGGAUUUUGGCUGGAAUAUCUGUCAUUUUAGUUAUAGCCUUUGCUGCUUCUUUCAAUCAAACUCCAUAGGGUCAUAGCCCUUUCCUCUCCAGCCAUACAGUACUCUUCAGAUUGAGCCUUUAGGACAAGUGGAGCUGGUUAUCGGUUCUUAGAACUUGGUAGGAUUUGAGGAGCAGGUUUUGAGGAUGAGACUGCUGCACAGAAUUGUUUUUUUUUUUUUUUGGAAGAUGACCCAGAAAUGCACAUUUCCCAGAUUGUUAUCUACUGUAGCAUUCUGAGGAUUGUUCUGUAGAAGAGACUUGGAGAUACACAGAGGUUACCUGUUUUUCAUCAAACCGGAUGGAGGAAAAAGUGCCCUGCCCCAUGAGCAGACAGCUCUGUGUAUUGGCCAGAUUUGUUCUGAGGGGGAAAUGCACUCCUGUUUCCUAAGUUUGUUGCCAGGCGUGGGAACUUAAACCAUAUGAGAGCUGACCCUAGACUCUGAGCUCCCUCCCUCCCUCUUCUGGAGUCUUGGAUCCAGAAGGAGUUAGACAAGGACACACUAAGGCUAGACUUGCUCAUGCCCUUCCCUCCUGCUGCAUGAGGCACAGGCGGUUCAGCCUUCACAUGUACAGCUGGGCCAGAGCAGCUUCCACGUGGUUCCAGAUUCCUGCAGCAGCGGCGAGUUUCUCCAGAGCUGCUACGUGCCCUCUGAGCUGAGCCACAGUGCAGCCCAGCAGGUCCCAGUUUGCUCAGGCAUAACCACCAGCAAAGCAAGCAAACAGACUAUGCAAGACAAGAAAUAACUAGCUGAAAUGCCAACUAAUGUUUGUUUUGUUUUGUUUCACCUGAUACACUGUUUACUCUUAACUGUACAAAUAUAGUUGUCCUAAGAGCCAAGAGAGGAACCUUUCCACCUAGAAAUAGAAAAUGGUUGUCUGUUGGCUUUAGGCUACCUGCUACAGCUCCUUGUGGUCUGGUGAUUGUGAUUUACUCAACCUGUUUACAUUAGAAUUGGAGAAGGGGCCCUGGAUCUUGGUGGGCUGCCACUGCUGUUUGUACCCCCUUGACUCCUAAAGAGCCUUUUGAUAGAGUGACUUGGGACAAGGUAUGCCCUGUCAGGGAUGCUUUUACCACAAAGGAAUGGUGUGGAAUCAAGUGGGAUGAUUGAUGUAUGACUAACACAGUACCAAAGUGCAUUCUUCAAUGUGUAUGUGCCUGUUCCAGGCAAGGGCCAAGUUGAAAAUGCAGUAAAGCAGACUCAUGAAAGCAAA